UGGUUUAAUAAAACAUUACAAACAUUGACCAAGUUUUGCUUUUCAAAGUCGCAUGUUCAUAAUGUUAUGAUCUUCGGAAUAUUUCGACUACGAACUUAGGUUAUUUGCAAAAGACAUGUCCCGUUUUGCUAGAUUAUGUAGAAUUGUACCCAGUGGGGCUGUGAAAUCACACUAUGCCAGUAAAAGAAUGGUUGUUGCGGUGAAUUCAUUAUGUCGAGUUCCUGGAGCGGGACCCGGGUUACAGAAUGGAGGAGGCUGCUGGGUGGAUAACAAACCAUUCUCACUCACUACACAAUGCAUGAAGAAAGUGAAAAGAAAAGUCAGUAAUAAAAGGCCACAGUCGAAAAAGGGGAAGGAGGUUGAUGAAGAGGAUGAGGAUUCUGAUGAGGACGUGAACCGUGUGGAAGAACUGGUGGAUAUGGAAUUACUGAAACAGGAAAUGGAAGAGGCGAUAAAACACAUGCAGAUAGAAUUGACCAAGAAUGUUACCUUAAGGCCAUCAACAGCUGUAUAUGAAGAUUUAAACAUCGAGACACCAGAUGGAAAAUUCCCUUUAAACCAGUUAUCUCAGAUAGCGAUCCAGGGACCGGUGGUCAUUAUAAACAUGUCUGCCUCCCCUCAGUACAUUAAAGAUGUGGAUGAUGCAAUGAGAAAAGAAUUGAAUUUAAAUCCCCAAAUCAAUGGAGCUAUGCUAACAAUACCUAUACCAAAAAUCACUACAGAAUAUAGAAAUGAAAUGGUAGAACGGGUGAAAAAGAUAGCGGAGAAUUCUAAAGAGGUCAUACGGCAUAUACGUUCCAAGUACGUAAAAGUUCUGAACUCUAACAAAGAAGAAGAAUCAGAAGAUGCAAUUUUUGAAUAUACCAAUAAGAUAAAUGCCAAGGUAAAGAUCUAUACUGAUAAAAUCACAGAUCUAGCAAUGAAGAGGAGUAAAGAAAUAAAAGCUUAAUUAACAAUGCAGUUUUUCUAACAAUUUUAUUUAAUAAAGAAAUAUUGAAUGAC